UACUGGCACCCCUUCUCUCCUCCGCCGCCUUGAAGUAGAUUUGAGGAGCUGCCCUUCCUCCCCCCCCUCCCCCCUUCCCGCUGGUCCUUUGGCAUCUUCCAGACCAUGUCCACUGGGUCCCUCAGUGAUGUGGAAGAUCUGCAGGAGGUGGAGAUGCUGGAGUGCGAUGGCCUGAAAAUGGAUACUAACAAAGAGUUUGGGGCGUCCACCGAGAGCAACGAGGAGGGAUCCAAUGGCGAGAAUGGCUCCCCUCAGAAGGGGAGAGGGGCCUCGGGCAAGAGGAAAAAAGCUCCCCCCAAGAAGAGCCCUUUAAAUGGAGUGAGCCAGGAGGGAAAGCAGGUCCAGAGAAACGCUGCCAACGCCAGGGAGAGGGCGAGGAUGAGGGUCCUUAGCAAAGCCUUCUCCAGGCUUAAGACCACCCUGCCCUGGGUACCCCCAGACACCAAGCUUUCCAAACUGGACACCUUGAGGUUGGCCUCCAGCUACAUCGCUCACCUGAGGCAGAUCCUGGCCAAUGACAAGUACGAAAACGGCUACAUCCACCCAGUCAACCUGACUUGGCCUUUUAUGGUAGCCGGCAAACCCGAGAGUGACCUGAAAGAAGUGGUCAACACAAACCGCCUGUGCGGCCCGACGGCAUCCUGA